UCGGGUUUGGGUGGUUGGGUCUGAACAAACAACCUGGAACGACGACUUUUGAACACGUUGGGGAACGAAAGUAAGACAAUACAAAAUAAUAAAUCUCCAAAAAAAAAAAAGAGAGAGAAAGUCGGAUAGAUGUUCCAGUUCUAAUUUCCCAUUGCCAUAGAACUGAAUCAAAUUCUAAUUACAAUUUCUGUGAGCGUGGCAAAGCUUUUGAAUUUGGUGCCUCUCCUCUCUGUUUACUCAUCCAGGUAUUGCAGAUACAACAGAAUCAUGAGCGGGACUUCUGAAAAGAAACUUGUAAGAAUUGAUGUUAGUUCUGAUACUGUGUGUCCAUGGUGCUUUGUUGGCAAAAAAAACCUAGACAAGGCCAUAGCUGCCUCCAAUGAUAAAUACAACUUUGAGAUAAUAUGGCAUCCCUUUCAACUUAACCCUGAUGCCCCUAAAGAAGGCAUUGACAAGAGGGAGUAUUACAGAAGAAAGUUUGGAUCCCAAUCAGAACGGAUGGAAGCUCGGAUGUUAGAGGUGUUCAAGAAUGUUGGUCUGGAAUAUAGUUUGUCUGGACUCACGGGAAACACUAUGGACAGCCACAGGCUUAUAUAUUUUGCUAGACAGCAGGGCCUAGACAAGCAGCAUGAUCUAGUUGAAGAACUUAAUAUUGGCUAUUUCACACAGGGAAAAUACAUUGGUGACCAUAAAUUUCUUCUGGAAUCUGCUGCAAAGGUUGGUGUACAAGGAGCAGAAGAGUUUCUUAAGGAUCCCAACAAUGGUUUGAGGGAGGUUGAGGAGGAGCUGAAAACAUAUUCAGGGAACAUUACAGGGGUUCCAUAUUACGUGAUUAAUGGAAAUCACAAGUUGAGUGGUGGACAACCCCCUGAAGUCUUCUUGAGAGCUUUCCAGGUUGCUACAACUUGAAUUUCAUCUUCUAUUUCCCUCUGUAGUAAGAGAAUCAAACCUUGGAAAUAAGAAAAUACCCUAUAAAAUAAAAUGUGAAACUCUUGCUGAUAAGAAGACAAUAUUCAGGUCUUAUAAAAAUAAUAAUUGUGUGUACUCCCUCUUUCCUCAGAUACGAGAGGAUAAACAAAAUGAAUUUAACUAAUAUUUAAGCUAAUUAAGCGAUA